ACAGAAGGAAAAGAAGAGAUGGCGGCAGCUGAGACUCAGCUCUAUUCAAAGGUCUUAAACAAGAGAAAAAACAGAAGUACCAAUUCGUUGCUGGAGCCUCUCUUGGCCAAUGGUUUCUCUGUACAUACAGCAUUAAAGGCAUUGGCAGCUACUGGACAAAAGACAGCAGAAGCAGCAAUACAAUGGUUGCAUUCUCACCGCAAUGAUCCUUCUUUAGAAGAUCCCAUUCCUCAGGAAUAUGCCCUCUAUUUGUGUCCAACAGGCCCCUUGAAUGACGGUCUGUUGGAGUUUUGGAGAGAAAGCAAAUGCCAGUGUGGAAAAAACAAAGCCCAUGAAAAUUUCCCACACAUUACACUUUCUGACUUCUUCACAUGUGAAGACCAAAAAGUUGAUGGUUUAUAUGAAGCUCUGGAAAAAGCCGGUAGCCAAUUUUCAAGAAGUUUUCCUGUGAUGAUUUCCCUAUCACUACAUUCAUCCAGCACCUACAUUGGCUUCUUUCUUAGUGAUGGCCCUGCAAAUGUCAUCAAAUUAUUCGCUGCUGCUUUUGCUGCAGAGGCCACAGUCUUAGCAGAUUGCUGUGUGAAGCCUUCAGUAAAGCAACUCCACCUCACUUUAGCCCACAAAUUUUAUCCUCAUCAUCAAAAGACAUUGGAACAACUGGCCAAAUCAAUCAACCCUAUGCAAAGUUGUCAGUGGGUGGCGGCUCUCUAUUCUAGGGAUAUGCGCUUCGUCCAUUAUCAGGUUUUGAGGGCCUUAUUCCAAUACAAGCCUCAAAAUAUUGAUGAAUUAAUGUUGAAUUCAGGGGAUCUUAUAUAUGUUGAUCGGUCACAGCAACAUGAAAUAUGUGAUGGAUGGACAAUUGGUAUAUCUCACCAAACUGGAUGCCGCGGAUUUCUUCCUGAAAAUUACACAGAAAAAGCCAAUGAAUCAGAUACCUGGGUAAAACACAGAGAAUAUAUUUUAUCUGCAGAUGCAGGCCAACUUCCUAAGAACCAAAUCAAAACUUGCUUUAAAACAAAGAUUCCAAAUCCAUUGCCAAGGAAUUUAGCCAAAUUGCUUACUCAUCAGUUGUCAGCACAAACCACAAACCAGAGAGACAUGUUGGUGAUUUGCCAUGGAGAAAGGGUAGACCAGGUGUUUGGGAAAUCUUGGAUACAGCAGUGUUUUGGACCAGAUGGAAAAUAUUAUCGACGAGACCUCAAUUUCCCCUCCAGUUUACCAAAUCAAGAUGGUUAUAUUAAACGCUAUAAAUAUGAUCCUCCUUUGUCGUGCUGUGGCACAUUUCAAUCUAGACUGACUGGAGAAGCCUUGUUAGAAAAAGAAGUGAUUGUUGGCUGUGUAUACUCUUCUCCAGCAUUACACUGUAUUCAAACUGCUUAUCAUAUAUUAGAAGGGCUUCGGAUAGAACAGAAAGCUAAAAUUCGGAUAGAACCUGGACUGUUUGAAUGGACUAAAUGGGAGGCAAGCACAACUGUUCCAUCUUUUAUGUCAGAAGAAGAACUGAAUGAGCUUGGUUACAGCAUAGAUACCACAUACAAAUGUCACUUUCCUUCUUCUUCUUUGAUGCCGUCUGAAAGCUAUGAGGACUAUAUUAACAGAUGCUCUUCAAGUAUAAAACAGAUCACUGAUACUUGUUCAUCAGAAGGCACCAUUCUGAUUAUUGGUCAUUGCUCAUCUCUGGAUUCCCUCACUCGGCCGCUACUGGGUCUGCCUACCAGGGAAAGCAGUGAACUCGCUAAAUUUGUUCAAAGGGUACCAUCUCUGGCCAUGUGUUCCUACAGAGAGACAAAAGAGGAGAAAAGAUGGCAGAUGGUUAAUCCACCAAUUGAAAUGUUAACUCAUGGAGCCAAUAUUGCAUUUAACUGGAAACACAUCAUUUUGGACAAUUAAACAAUAAUUGAAUUUAUAUCUGGAGACUCAUAGCCAAAAAGACUGCUUUCUUGGGCUAACAGCCAAAUCUGUUCUGAACUCAGGAACUGACUUUAAUAGAAAGAAAGGCCUCACUAAGAUUUUUGUUUGGAACAUCAAGUUCUAAUGUUGACAAGUUCCAGGUUGACAAGAUUUUUCCCCUUCAUUUUAAAAUAAUUCCUUGACAAGGACAAAGUCUACUUUUUAACUAUAUUUGAACUUUAAAUUAAAGUUUAGAAUGUACAUUUUAACUAUAAUUAAUCUAAAAUAAAGAUGUCUGGAAUUAAUGAAGAAUGAUGCUUAUGUCAUUUUUUAAUUGGCUAUGCUUUAGUUUCCACUAGAUCAUUUUAGUAAUGAUAAGAUGCUA